CCACAGAGGCCAUCAAGAUGUCAUAUUUUGGGGAGCAUUUCUGGGGGGAGAAAAACCAUGGCUUUGAGGUUCUGUACCACAGCGUGAAGCAGGGACCCAUUUCUACCAAGGAGCUGGCAGACUUCAUCCGGGAGAGGGCCACUAUCGAGGAGACCUAUUCAAAAGCGAUGGCGAAACUUUCCAAGCUGGCCAGCAAUGGGACCCCCGUGGGGACCUUUGCCCCACUCUGGGAGGUCUUCCGUGUCUCCUCGGACAAGCUGGCGCUCUGCCACCUGGAGCUGACUCGGAAGCUGCAGGACCUCAUCAAGGACGUGCUCCGCUACAGCGAGGAGCAGCUCAAGGUGCACAAGAAGUGCAAAGAGGAAGCAGUGGGCACCCUGGACGCCGUGCAGGUCCUUGCAGGAGUCAGCCAGCUCCUGCCCAAGGCCCGCGAGAACUACCUGAACCGGUGCAUGGACCAGGAGCGGCUGCGAAGGGAGAGUACAAGCCAGAAGGAGAUAGACAAGGCAGAGACAAAGACCAAGAAAGCCUCAGAGAGCCUGCGGCGCUCUGUAGAGAAGUACAACUGCGCACGCGCUGACUUCGAGCAGAAGAUGCUGGACUCAGCUCUGCACUUCCAAGCCAUGGAAGAGACCCACCUGCGGCAUAUGAAGGCGCUGCUGGGCUCCUACGCCCACUCAGUGGAGGACACUCAUGUGCAGAUUGGGCAGGUUCACGAGGAGUUUAAACAAAAUAUAGAGAACAUCAGUGUGGAAAUGCUGCUGAAAAAGUUUGCGGAGAGCAAGGGCACGGGCCGGGAGAAGCCUGGGCCUUUGGACUUUGAGGCGUACAGCACAGCUGCCCUGCAGGAAGCAAUGAAACGUUUGCGGGGAGCCAAGGCCUUUCGCCUUCCAGGACUGAGCCGGAGGGAGCGGGAGCCGCCUACAGCUGUAGACCCCGUGGAGCCUAACUCAGCGCCCUGUCCAGAGGUGGAUGAAGAAGGCUUCACUGUCCGGCCUGACGUGACCCAGAACAGCACAGCGGAGCCCUCCCGCUUCUCGUCCAGCGACUCUGACUUUGACGACGAGGAGCCCCGCAAGUUCUAUGUGCACAUCAAGCCUGCUGCGGCCCGUGCCCCAGCCUGCAGCCCCGAGGCAGCCGCUGCGCAGCUGAGGGCCACGGCGGGCAGCCUCAUCCUCCCUCCCGGCCCAGGGGGCACCAUGAAACGCCAUUCUUCACGGGAUGCCGCUGGGAAACCACAGAGGCCUCGAUCUGCCCCGAGGGCCAGCAGCUGUACAGAGAAGCUGCAAUCAGAUGAGCAGGUUUCUAAGAACCUCUUUGGGCCACCCCUGGAGUCAGCCUUUGACCAUGAAGAUUUUACAGGAUCCAGCAGUCUUGGCUUUACCUCCAGCCCCUCACCUUUCUCCUCCUCAUCCCCUGAGAACGUGGAGGACUCUGGCCUGGACUCCCCGUCUCACACAGCACCUGGCCCCUUCCCCGAUUCCUGGGUCCCGCGCCCAGGCACCCCGCAGAGCCCACCUAGCUGUAGGGCUCAGCCACCUGAGUCGAGGGGAACACGGCCCCUGCUGUCCUCGGACUCGCCACAGCCCCUGGCGUCAUCCCCCGGCCCCUGGGGGCUGGAGGCCGUGGCUGGAGGAGACCUGAGGCCCAUGCCUGCCGACCUUCCGGCCACGGAGGGCCUGGCAGCCCCGCCCCGGAGACCCCGCUCCAGGAAGGUGUCCUGCCCCCUCAUGAGCAGCAACGGGGACCUGUCCCACUCUCUGAGCCCCUCCCCACUGGGCGCUUCAGUCCCCAGCACUGCCCCAGAACGUUCCAGCUUCUCAUCCCAGACAGGACACGGAAUCUCCCGGGGCCCAAGCCCCGUGGUGCUGGGCUCCCAGGAUGCCCUGCCUGUGGCCACCGUCUUCACCGAGUACGUCCAUGCCUACUUCCGCGGCCACAGCCCUAGCAGCCUGGCUCGAGUAACGGGGGAGCUGACCAUGACCUUCCCAGCCGGCAUUGUGCGAGUGUUCAGCGGGACCCCACCCCCACCCGUCCUCAGCUUCCGUCUUGUGCACACAGCCCCCAUCGAGCACUUCCAGCCCAAUGCCGACCUCCUCUUCAGCGACCCCUCCCAGAGCGACCCUGAGACCAGAGACUUCUGGCUCAACAUGACGGCCCUGACGGAGACACUGCAGCGCCAGGCAGAGCAGAAUCCGGCUGCCUCCUACUACAACGUAAUGCUGCUGCGGUACCAGUUCUCCCGCCCGGGUCCCCAGUGCGUGCCUCUGCAGCUGAGCGCCCACUGGCAGUGCGAGGCGACCCUCACUCAGGUCUCGGUGGAAUACAGCUACCGGCCCGGUGCCACGGCUGUGCCUACGCCACUCACCAAUGUCCAGAUCCUGCUGCCUGUGGGGGAGCCUGUGACCAAUGUCCGCCUGCAGCCAGCCGCCACCUGGAACCUGGAGGAAAAGCGGCUCCUAUGGAAGCUUCCAGAUGUGUCCGAGGCAGGGGGCUCCGGCCGCCUGUCUGCCAGCUGGGAGCCGUGCUCAGGGCCCAGCACUCCCAGCCCCGUGGCCGCUCAGUUCACCAGUGAAGGGGCCACUCUGUCCGGCGUGGACCUGGAGCUGGUGGGCAGUGGCUACCGCAUGUCACUGGUAAAAAGAAGGUUCGCCACAGGAAUGUACCUGGUGAGCUGCUGAGCCCGGGAGGCUGCCCAGCCCAGCGGCCCCAGCUCUGCACUGAGCCCUGGUGCUGGUGACUGCUCCCCGCCUGCUUGUUGGAUCCAGGGGUCCACGCCUGGCCUCCUCCGCGGCCCUGGC